CUCGAACGCACUCCAAUUGGGGGGCGCAACCAGAUAUACUGCACGAUAGACCCCCAUCGCCCAAACUUUCCCACCCUCAACCGUACACAUACGCAGCCUACAGACAUGGCUCCACAACUGCACGACCACGCUACCCUCCUCAAGCGCUUCACAGACGCCGGCCAGGGUCACGUCUUUGCUUUCUGGGACGCCCUCUCGCAAAACGACCGCGCAGAGCUCCUCGACAACCUCGCGAAAAUAGACGUCGACCGCGUAAACAGAAUCUUCAAGAAGGCCACCGCUCCAACCGACGAGGCUGCCGCAACCGCCGCAAAGGACGAGCUAGAGCCGCUGCCGGAGGCCGCUUUCGCGUCGACUAUCGGUAAAGCAAACGAAGCAAAGGUCGCCAGCUGGUAUAACGAGGGUCUCAAGCUGAUUGCUCAGAAUAAGGUCGCCGUGAUCCUAUUGGCUGGUGGACAGGGCACACGUCUCGGUUCCUCUGACCCCAAAGGAUGUUACGACAUCGGUCUGCCAUCGAAAAAGUCGCUCUUCCAACUCCAAGCUGAGCGCAUCAUCCGUCUCCAGAAGGUAGCCGCAAAAGCCCACUCGAAAGGCACCGAAAACGUCGUGAUCCCGUGGUACAUCAUGGUCUCUGGCCCCACACGCGAAGCAACAACCUCCUACUUCCGCAAACACAACUUCUUUGGCCUGGACCCUGAAAAUGUCAUGUUCUUCGAACAAGGCGUUCUACCCGCCUUUGACCCCACCGGCAAAAUCUUCAUGGAAACCAAAUCCACGCCCGCGCUCGCCCCCGACGGGAACGGCGGGAUCUACGCCGCACUCCGCCGCGAAGGCGUCCUCGCUGACCUCGAACGCCGCCAGAUCCCCUACGUGCACACCUACUGCGUCGACAACUGCCUCGUCAAAGUCGCCGACCCAGUCUUCAUCGGCUACUGCGUCGGCCAAGACGCCGACUGCGGCGCAAAAGCGGUCCCCAAAGCGUCCGCCAACGAAUCCGUCGGCGUCAUCUGCCUCCGAUCGGGCAAAUUCGCAGUCGUCGAGUACUCCGAGAUCCCCCCCGCGAUCGCCGAAGCCACCCGCCCAGACGACCCCUCCACCCUCCUCUACAACGCCGCCAACAUCGCCAACCACUUUUACACCACCGCCUUCCUCAACCGCGUCGACGCCCUCGAAGCCGAACUCGACUACCACGUCGCGCACAAAAAGAUCAAACACGUCGACACCACCACGGGCGAAAAAGUAUCCCCCUCACAAAACAACGGCGUGAAAUUGGAACUCUUCAUCUUUGACGUAUUCCCCUUCACCCAACGCAUGGCCGUCCUCGAAGUCCCCCGCAACGACGAGUUCUCCCCGCUCAAGAACGCCCCAGGCGCCGCGAAGCCCGUGGACUCGCCCGAGACGUCCCGCGCGCAUAUCCUGGACCAGUGUGUGCGUUGGGCGCGGGCCGCGGGUGCGACGGUGGUGAGCAGUAACGAGAACGAGAAGGAGGACCCGCCGGUCCUGGAGAUCUCGCCGUUGGUGUCGUACGGCGGCGAGGGGCUGGAGGCGUACGCUGGAAAGACGAUCUUCACGCCGACUAUCUUGGCGUGAGGAGAUUUACGAGCGAGCGGGACGGUGUUCCGACAAGCUGAUACAUGCACCAAAUACGCAGACCCCCGUUACAGAACUGCCCGAGUCCGACAUGUUCGUCCCCCCCCCCCCCCCUUUCGCUGUUCUCCGUUUGUCUUUCUUUUUUUGAUCUCUUGCGGACUCACACAUCUUGUCAAACACUCCCUCGCCCCGCCCGUGAUUCUACGGCUAGGUAGCAAUUAGAUAGAAGAUCCCCCUCCUUGUUAUUCGUAUUCAUUUUAUGAGAAAAAAAAAAUAUGAUGAUAUGAUUUGCGU